AUGGCGGAGAUGAAGAAACAACCUAAAAUUGAUGGAUUUUUCAAAAGAAAACAUAUUGAAGUUACCUUAUCUGUACCUGAUUAUAAUAUUGAGACAAUAGCAUAUGAAAAUCGUUCUGCAUCUCCAAGAAUUGAGACUACUGAUAAUGAAGUUGAUAUUAGUACUUUAGAGCGCGACCCAGGGAUACGUCCGCAAAUAUGGAAUUAUCCUGUUAAUCAACGUGACGAAAUUCGACGAGCUUACAUUAACGUCGGUCCAUACCAACCUAUACUUUCCAAGUAUCCAAAAUUUGGAUCAGUAACUCAUCAGCGUAGCUUUCAAAGUUCAUGGUUCAAAUUAUUUCCUUCGUGGUUAGAAUAUUCACCUGUGAAAGAUGCAGCUUUUUGUCUACCGUGCUAUCUUUUUAACAAAGCAUCUGGACAUUCUGGAAAAAAUGCUUUCACUCUUGAGGGAUUUCAAAGUUGGAAGAAAGUUAGAGAUGGAAAAAAUUGUUCUUUUCUAAAUCACGAGGGGAAAGAUCCUAACUCCCCCCAUAAGAUUGCUGAAAUAUCAUGUUUGGAUUUGAUGAAUCAAUCCCAGCAUAUACAGAAAGUUGUUGAGAAUUAUUCUUCCCAACAAAUUGCAGACAAUCGACUACGACUUAAGGCAACAAUUGAAGUAGUCAGGUGGCUUGCAUUCCAAGGAUGUGCUUUUAGAGGCCAUGAUGAAAAAAAGAAUUCAAUCAAUCGUGGAAAUUUUCUUCAAAUGUUAGAAAUAUUGGCUGCAUAUAAUGAAAAAGUUGCUGGAGUUAUCUUAGAUAAAGCUCCCAAAAAUGCCUCUUACACAUCACCACAGAUCCAAAAUGAAAUUUUACAUGUUUUUUCAACUAAAGUGAAGAAAGCAAUCUGUGAAGAAAUUGGGGAAUCAAACUUUUGUAUAAUUGUUGAUGAAGCGCGUGAUGAAUCCAAGAGAGAGCAAAUGGCUAUAGUGUUGCGAUUUGUUGACAAAGAAGGUCUUAUUCAGGAGCGCUUUUUUGGGCUUGUUCAUGUGUCAGACACUGAGGCAUUGACUCUGAAAAAAGAGGACAAGGAUAUGAUGGUGCAACGUAAUGAUGAACUGAAAAAUGCUCAAGCUGCUGAAAUUGAGCACAUGAUUGCAAUUGAUGAGCUCGAGACUAGGAAAGGAAUGAACGAAAUUGGCACCUUACAACGUGCUGGUGAUAUUCGUUGGGAUGCUGAUGCAGCUUAUGAGGCAAUGACUUCAUAUGAAUUUAUCUUUAUCUUACAUCUUAUGAAAGAACUUAUGGAGAUUACUAAUGAUCUUUGUCAAGCUUUGCAAUGUCAAUCCCAAGACAUCAUAAAUGCCAUGAAUCUUGUUUCUUCCACUAAAGCACUCAUCCAAGAAUUAAGAGAUGAUGGAUGGGAUUCUUUGCUUACCAAGGUGAAUUCUUUUUGUGAAGCAUGGAACAUAGAUAUCCUAGAUAUGAAUGCUCGUUAUGUUGCAAGACGAGGUAGAGCUCGCCAUCAACAAGAUGAUUUUACGAUUAAGCAUUAUUAUAUAAUAGAUAUUUUUUAUGCUACAAUAGAUUCUCAACUUCAAGAAUUAAAUAGCAGAUUUAGUGAUCAAAUAACAGAGCUGCUUAUUAUGGGGUCGGCUUUGGAUCCUCGUGAAAUGAAUAAAUCUUUUAGGAUUGAUGAUAUUUGUCAAUUGGUAGAUAAGUUCUAUCCACAAGACUUUGAAGAUCAUGAGAAGAUAGGUUUGAGAAGACAACUUCAACAUUUUGAGAGUGACGUCGUUAGACUUCCAGAGUUCAAAAACUUGUCAACAAUUUCUGAUCUAUCUCAAUGGAUGGUAACGACAAGAAGAUCAACGACAUAUCCACCUGUUUAUAGAGUGGUUGUGCUUGUGCUUACUCUUCCUAUUUCUACAGCAACUGCAGAGCGAUCAUUUUCUGCUAUGCGUAUAGUAAAAACUAGGCUCCGUAACAAGAUGGAAGACGAAUUUCUCACAGACUCUUUGAUUAUGUACAUCGAAAGGGAAAUUGCAGAAAAGUUUAGUGUUGACUUAAUCAUAGAUGGUUUUCAAGAUAUGAAAGAACGAUGA